AAACUGCUGUUACACAAAAGACACAUUGAUAUAUGGCAAAAUGGAUGAGAUAUCAUGUCAGCAGAAAAAAUUAACUACUCUACAGGAACAGCUUCAUGUGAUGGAGACAAAGCUCACAGUAACUGGUGAUCCUGAGGAGCAGAAUAUACAGUCUCUCAGGAUCGUGCUGAUUGGGAAGACUGGCAAUGGAAAGAGCUCUUCAGGAAACACCAUACUAGGAAGAAAAGAAUUUAAAGCUGCAUCAAGUCACACAUCAGUCACACAGUGUUGUCAAAAAGCACAUGGUGAAGUGGACGGUCGUCCUGUUGCUGUGGUCGACACUCCUGGACUGUUUGACACAACUCUGUCAAAAGAAGAAGUUCAGGAGGAGAUGGUGAAAUGCAUCAGUCUUCUGGCUCCAGGACCACAUGUCUUCCUGUUGGUGUUACAGAUUGGUCGACUCACAGACGAGGAGAAAGAGACUUUAAGGCUCAUCAAGGAAGUCUUUGGCAAGAAUUCAGAAAUGUUCACUAUUGUUCUUUUUACAAGAGGAGAUGCACUGCAAAAUGAUGAAACGUCCAUUGAAGAGUACAUUGAAAAGGGAUCUAAUGCUUCCUUUAGAAAACUUAUUUCUGACUGUGGAGAAAGAUACCAUGUGUUUAAUAACUAUGAUAAGCAAAAUCAAAAACAAGUCAGUGAGCUGAUAACAAAGAUUGACGCCAUGGUGAAGGACAACAGAGACAGCUACUUCACCAAUGAGAUGCUGCAAGAGGCUGAAGCUGCAAUACAGAAAGAAAUGAAGAGAAUCCUGAAAGAGAAGGAAGAAGAGAUGAAGAAACAGAAGGAGGAGCUUGAAAAAACAUAUGAGGAGAAAAUUCAGUCUAUGAAAAAAAGAAUGGAAGAACAGAGAGCAGAAAUUGAACAAGAGAGAGAACUCAGGGUCAGACAGCUUAAAGAAAAGGAGGAAAACAUACGAAAGGAGCGAAAGCAGAGGAAGAGAGAACAAGAAAUUAGAAAUGAUGAAGAAAAGAAAAGAAAAAUGCAGGAAGAACGUCAACAACAGGAGUGGGAAAAAGAACGAGAAGCUCUGGAGAAAAAGAUCAAGUCAGAAUCAGAGGAAAAGGAAACAAUUGACAGAAAACUGGAACAGAGUAGAAAAGAGAUGGAAGAAAAACGAGAGGCCUGGGAGAAGGAAAAAAACAAAUGGUGGGAAAAGCGACACCAAGAAGACGACAAGAGACGUCAGGAGGAGCGAGAAAAACUAAAAAAGCUCCAGGAAGAGUAUGAAGAGGAAAAAAGAAAAUAUGACCAUCAACGAAAGGAAGAAGACCGAAAGAGAAGUGCACAAGAAGAGAAGGAACGAAAAGAACUGGAGGAUAACUAUAAGCAAAAAAUGGAAGACAUGAAAAAGAGUUAUGAGGAGGAGGCAAGAAAACAAGCUGAAGAGUUCAAUGAGUUCAAAGAAAAAUACACCAAAGACCUUCAAGCUCUGAUGUUAAAACAUGCGACAGAACUGAAGGAUUUAAUGCAACAGCAUGAAACAGAGGUACAACAGAAAGAAACAGAAAUGCAGCAGAAAGAGAAAGAACACAGCGAACAGUACAGGGCCUUAGAAGAACUGUCAAAACGCAAAGAAACCACACUCUCAGAGAUGAUUUGGAGAAAAAAGAUGAAGAACUAAAAGGAGAAAAGGAUGA